UCCGCUACAUUAUUAAUUAUUUUUAUCCGCUACCUUGUAAAUUAUUUUUAUCCGCUACAUUAUUAACUAUUUUUAUCAGCUACCUUGUGAAUUAUUUUUAUCCGCUAUCUUGUAAAUUAUUUUUAUCCGCUAUCUUGUAAAUUAUUUUUAUCCGCUAUCUUAUUUAUUUUUAUCCGCUAUCUUGUAAGUUAUUUUUAUCCUCCAUCUUGUAAAUUAUUUUUAUCCGUCAUCUUGUAAAUUAUUUUUAUCCGCCAUCUUGUAAAAAAUUUGUCAAUUAUUUUUGGUGAACAAAAAGUGAACAAAGGAAAACUCAGCGUUUUUAUAUCUCUCGCAAAUUGGGUUUUGAAUAUCACGCAACAAGUUCUUUUCUGAAAGUUUUUAUGGUAUAAAGUUCUAAGGGAAAAACGGAAAUUCUACGAUUCCAUUUUGUCAGUGUUUUAAAUGUAUAUAAAUCUGUUCUUUUAAUCAUUUUUUUCAUACUAAGGUUGAUUUUAACAUAUUUUUUUAAUAUUCAGAGAAUGGAGGAUGCUUCGAUGCAUCCUGAGGUUAAAAUGGAGGUUGGGCUGGAGGUGAAGCCUGAGGUGUACGUCAAGGAAGAGCAGGAUGAGAUGGAGGAUGAGGAGGAUGAGGAUGAUUAUGGAGAGACGGAUGAAGAAAUUGCGCGGAUACAGUUCGAGAAAAUGAUGGAAGGUGUCGAGAAACUUAUGAAAGAAGAAACCCCUGUCCCCUUUUAUUAUCCUUGUGAUGAAUGCGAGUAUUCAGCAACCGGAUUAUACAAUUUAAAGAGACACAAGGAUACUCGUCACGUAGAAAGAAAUCAUAAAUGUGAAGAGUGCGGAUAUUUUGCUAAAAGUGAAACAAAUCUGAAGAAUCACAAAUCCCAAAAACACAAAAAAGUUGGCGAUUUUAAAUGUGAUAUUUGUGAUCAUCUCGUUGGGACACAGAGUGGAUUAAUACAUCACAUGAAAACUAAACAUGGUGGAAUUGAAUAUCCUUGUGAUAAAUGUGACUAUAAAGCCUCUGAUUUGAAGGGUUUGAAAAAACAUCAAAAGAAUAAACACAGCGGAAUACAAUUUCACUGUGUCGAAUGUGUGUUUUCGACCAACACCGCGAGAAACCUAGAUUGGCACAUGGAUAGAAAUCAUCCGAUUGAAUCGUCUCCCUGUGAUUCUUGUGAAUUAGUCGCUCCAACAAGAAUAGCUUUGAGAGAUCACAGGAGAAUUAAACAUUCAGGAUUCCUGUGUGAUCAAUGCAGUUAUGUUGCUCCCUAUGAAAGUGCUCUAAAAUCUCACAAAGGAAUGGUCCACGAAGGAAAGCGAGUUCCUUGUGAUCAGUGUGAUUAUACCGCAGGGUCUAAAGGAACCUUGAAACGACACAUUGAGUCUACACAUCAGGGUAUUCGGUAUCUGUGCGAUCAAUGCUAUUUCUCCACGUCAUCCGCCAAAUAUUUGAAGGAUCACAAACUGAAUAAACAUGAAGGUGUAACGUAUCCCUGUGAUCAGUGUGAGUAUAGAGGACCAUGUUAUAGUAAUCUACAAUCUCACAAACAAAUCAGACAUGGUGAUAAAAAUGCUAAAUUUCUGUGCGAUCAGUGCGAUUAUUUUGCAAAUAGUAAAAUUGCGCUAGGCAAUCAUAAACUGCGAAAACACACUGAUGUAAUAUAUACCUGUGACGUCUGUGAUUAUACGACAACAAGAAAAGAUUUUCUAAAAAGACACAACGAGGCCAAACAUGUUGGUAUUCGAUAUCCUUGUGACCAGUGCAGCUAUGAGGCUACACAGAAGGGAGCUAGAGCGACAUAUUGUGUUGUUUAUGGACUAUCACAUUUCCUACAAUGUAUCGAUUUCUUCUUCCUUGGAUGCUUGCCAGGGAUACUCUUGAGGAAGUAAAUUCCUGCUCUCAUAUACCUCUAAACUCUCUCCAUCUGGCAGAUAUGUUCGAGGAUACUCCUGUUUAUUAUAUGCUCUAUCCUGUCUUCUGGUUCUGAGUGCCCUAGAUGACCUAGACGACGACGACGCCCAUGACAAAGAAAAUCUAGAGAAUUGGAUGAAAUAGAAAAUGUGUUUAAGAUUGCCUCAUGCAAGUAAACUUUAUUCUUAGUUCCUUAUAUAACUCUAUUCUUAGUUCCCUACAUAAAUAUAUUCUUAGAUCCUUA